GAAGCUGUACUAGCAUUAUGUGAACUGAACGGUCCACCUGGGACAAUGGUGCAGUCUUUCGCCACGAGUAGAGUCGCGGCAAUACUCCAUUGUCCACCGUGUCAACUUGCCAUUAUCUAGUCCACACCAUGAUCUCCUUGCGGUGGACGUCUGACCCGCUAUGCACAUAUAAACCACAGCCCCGGGCUCCUCCCAUCAACAUCACCCCCUUACUUCUUCCCAGGCUUAGUCUCAGACCAAUUUCUCCAGAUAUCAUGGCGUCGUACGACAUGGCUCCAGUCUUUCACGGUGACUACGUGAUGAGGUUCCCAGCGCCGGUCACGCUGCGUCCUCCCUCUGAACACGCUGUGGCACCGGCGAAAGUCCUCCCUGCCCCUAACAACGCUAAUUGCGCCAUUCAACGCCUGCCAUCUGAUAUCCUGUACUAUAUCUUCAAGUUGGGACUACACAACGAGAAAGCUGGCGGAAAGUUCCCCGUCGUGGUUUCGCAAGUGUGCACGUUUUGGCGGAUGGUCGCUAUUCAAUGUCCCCUCUUGUGGACAAACAUUCAUAUCUCCUCGACCUGUGCCUCCGCGCUUAUGCGAUCCGGUGGCGAAGUUCUGCCGUGGGCAUCAGUUUUCGGCGCGCGUUCCGCUUCGUGUCCAUUGGACAUCAAGCUUGACCUCAGGAAGCCAAAUACUAUGUUGAUCGAGACCCAGGAAAUUCUCCUCAUGCAUGUCCACUUGGUCAUCUCUUCCGCCGUUGAUUUUCUUGCUUCCGUUCGCGACCGCGUUAGAUCGCUCGACGUCGAAACGGACUUUAAAGAGGUCCCGUUUUUAAUGUCCUACAAAUUGGUUCCCCGGGGUAUGCCACUCCUAGAGAGUUGGAAUAUUAAGUUUGGCAACAAUUCGUUUUGGGGCUUGACGGGUCAUACAUUCUUUCACGUCUACCCGGAUUUUGACGCUGCGGGCCAGCGAGGCCGAUCCGCCCACGAUAUUGAACAACGAUCGAUCACCGACCUGUUACCGCGUCUGCGCAAUCUUCGGAUGUCUCAGGUCAUCGCUAAUUGGAGCACCUGGCACAUUGGGGGGUUGACUUCCCUGACCAUCGGUCAUGUCCACCAAACCCAGCGCCCUACUGUGGUCGAGUUGAGGAACAUGCUAAGGGCGAACAGCUCCUCGUUGGAGUCACUCGAACUCCAAGGAUGCCUUCCGGUUCAGCAAGGUCUUGGCCUCCUUCAACCUAUAACCCUGCCGAAGCUUAGUGCGCUUCGAAUCGGUUACUUCGGACAAGAAGAAGCUAUAUGUUUCCUGCCUCACACCGAUGCGCCCGCCCUGAAAUCGCUGGGGUUGUGCGACAUUUCUACUGCGAUAUAUCGACACGACCGUAGAACGGCCUGCUGCAUGACCGAUGCAACGUUGUUUCCCUCGCGUUCCGUUUACCUUGAAAUCGAUUCUUCCAGGCUCUUGCAUGCACUCUACACAACUCGUUUGUCCCUGUUGGCUCAGCUGGAAUCCCUCGAGCUAAUCCAUGUUCACGUUUACGACACCCCUGAUGACGUUUCUGAGGAUUGGCUAUGCGAUCAAGUACGGCCGCACCGAGUUUGUGCUGUCCGAUUCCUGCUUAGUAUGGCUUCCUUGAAGUCAUUGACUCUAAUCGGACCGGAUAUCGGGUUCCUGGAUGGCUUGAAUGAGCCUCUUUUCUCAACCGACCUGCAGUCGGGAAAGUCGGCCUAUUUCUUUCCUGGUUGCCGGCUUGCGACGCUGCGUAUCAUCGACGCCGAAUAUGACGACCUCGUUGAUUUCCUUGUAAAUCGCGCAGACCGGACGCACAAUCCAGGAGAUGCGGUCGCGGAGUUACCGAUCUUCGAAACACUGGAGUUCACACUGGAGGCCGGCGUGAUACCAUUGUUCAGGGCAGAAUGUUACGAGCGGGACUCUGGAAGGGACAAGAUCGACAUACAUGGGUUUGCCAAGAAGAUGGCGUGCAGUAUCUAUCGGGACAACUUCAAUCCUUUCAUGUCUUCUGUGGAACGACUUGGAAACGUGCUGUGAGCACUGAGGUAGUUUACCUAUCGUUUUUGCGGUUCAGAUUUCAGGGGG